AUGUCAGACCAGGAUACCGAUAUGGAUAUACAGGAGCAAAAGAGUGCACCCUUCCCAGUUGACCUCGAAAUUAAUGCUGACGGGGUGAAGAAACCAAAAUUCCCAAUACAAACCGGAAGGAAGAAGCUCACGCACACACUCUCCCACAAUAAACUUGAGGAAGACUAUAACAACGGACCUCUAUUUAAAGCCGUCAAUGAAA